CCGCGGUAGCCGUCUUGCCCAUUCUUUCCGCUCCCUGGCAACAAGAUGGCGGACUUGUCCCUAGAUGAGUUGAUUCGACAGCGCGGAUUCAAUCAUAAAGGGAAUAACAGAAUGCUUAUGCGAGGAGGUGGUGGUGGUCCUGGAGGUAUCCGUUCUCGAAUUGGACCUCCAAUCAAGCAGUCUAUUGGAGGGGCAUCCCUGUUAAUGCAGCGUGGCGGAACUUUUGAUGCCCGGCAGAAAAUUGGUGUGACAGACGCAAGACUUCGACUGAGUGGUGGCAUGGUCAGCGCUGGUGGUAUACCAAUAAAAGAUGCCAGAGAAAAACUUGGUCAAAAAGAUGCCCGCUUUCGAAUCCGAGGCAAAGUGCAAGAUGCCAGGGAAACCAUAAACUCUAGAAAGCAGCAAAGCCAAAAUCAAAUGCAACAUCAAGAUGGACUAAUUACAGGAAGCAAUUCCACAGAUCAUCUAGGUGGAGUCAAAAAAUUACUCGAUGCGCGGGAGAGGUUGAGCCUGAAGAGAAGCAUUCCAAUAACCACACCAACCAUGGGGUCAGCAAACAGCGCGGCUACUUCUACUAUGAAAAUCACAAAGACCAUACAGGGUCUCUCUCAAGAUGAAAGCACAGAUGGCAUAAUUCCAAAUAAACAGAUGAAGAUAACCACAUCUAAUAAUUUUGCACAAAAACUGUCUACUGCCGGUGGGUCCCGAUUCUCUUUGUCUAGUACUGUGCCAUUAACAAAAGUAGUCCAGAAUGACACUUAUACAGCACCUUCACCUACCAUCCCUGUUGGAUCAGCACCGGCUGCAAAACCACAACAGCAGCAACAGUCUUUCUCAACAGUCCAAGCGAAGACACUAUCCGGUGUGUCAAGGACACUGGUCACACAGCAGCCUACUGCUGUUGAAACCCCAACAGAGCAAACACCGACACAGCUGCCUGCAUUCAGUCCUUUGGAAGGAACAAAGAUGACUGUAAAUAACCUUCAUCCAAGAGUAACAGAGGAAGACAUAGUGGAACUUUUCUGUGUCUGUGGUGCUUUGAAGAGAGCCAGGUUGGUCAAAGCUGGUAUGGCAGAAGUCGUGUUUGUCAAAAAAGAAGAUGCCAUCGCUGCUUACAAGAAAUACAAUAACAGGUGCCUUGAUGGCCAGCCAAUGAAAUGUAACCUUCACAUACAAGGAAAUGUUAUCACAUCUGAACAGCCAAUUUUGUUGAGACUGAGUGACUCACCUGGGCAAAAGAAGGAUCCUGCUUCGCUCCAGCGCAACAGUAAUCCUCGACCCCCUACACAGCCACAAGCUGAAGUGGACCCUGAUACUAUCUUGAAAGCUCUGUUUAAGUCAUCGGGACCCUCGACUGUAAUAACACAGGCCACUGCUUUCCGUAUUAAAAUAUAAAUUGCGAUCUGGUUGUAUGAACCACGAUGGAGAACAGGGAUUGGGAUUCAGAUUUAAGGGUGUUGGGAUGAAAAGUAAAUAAGGCCUUGAUCUGUGGAUUUUUUAACGAGAGGCAUUGAUUGAUUGAGCCUUCAAUCUGAGAGUGAUUUUUAAUCCAUCCACUUCUCUGAGGCAGCGUGGAGUCUCUGCCCUCCUCCUUGUCAUAUAUGUGGACUUUUUGCAUUAACUUCAAAGAUGUGCUUCAGCAGGUACCAUAUACACAAAAAUGGCAGUUGACUUUCAGAUUCUCGUUUAGCCACUAAACGGAGAAUAAUAGUUGGAAUUGGGCGUUACUCCUUUUAAGAUGUGCUUAAGUAGUUGAUCUUACUUCUUCUUUACCAAUGUAGUUAUCAUCAGCAUCCGUCGUCUUUUUAGAAAUAAAGAAUUGUAACAUAAAACCCUUAUACUGUACAUGUAAAUUGCUAAGUUUAUCAUUGAUUUUAUUUUAUAUACAGUAUAUAUAUUUUGUUGCUUUUGACUACAUUCACUUAAAUAGCAUGUCAUAAAGUGCCCAAAGCCCCCUGCCACCACACUCCUUCUCCAUAAAAACAGAAGUUCUUAACUAGGUGUCAUUAAGGAGCAACGCAAUGUGAUGUGCUGUUAAAAACACUAUGAGGCAAUGGGUUGAAACAAAAUAAAAAUUAGGCGCAGCAUCCCAUGGGUGUCAAAAAUCUCAAGAUCACGAACAGGGCAUGACAGUGGCUUCCAUGUCUGUAGUACAGAAAAUACAAAUAUUUGUACUUUGUUUUGUUGUUGUUUUUUUUUUUUUUCUCCCUUCUUGUGAAUAGAUUUUCUGGAUGUGGAGUCUCCUCUUCAUACAUAAAUGGGGAUUUUUGUUAAAAAAAAAAAAAGAAGUUAUUGGAGCUUUUUUAGACAUUUCAGAUUAAUGAUUAAACGAACAAAGUUAA